UGCCAGCCUCCUCAUUUACUCCCAGAAUGCCUAGCGCGUGGGACACAUUCGCCCGCCACUUUCUACUAUUCAGCACUUGGCGUUACGAAAACGAAACAUGGCGGUCGUUCCAACUGGAAACAUGGCGGUAGUUCCAACAGUUGUACAAACUAAUGUGGUAGUCGCCCAACAACAGUCAUACACACACGAUAUUGAAGAAUUAAGUGCUAUUGCUAUUCCAGUUCAACAAGACGAUUCCGGACAGCCGCCAUUAAAAAAGGGACGUGAAUCUACAGGGAAGUGGAAGGGAUAUGAUAGCAAGCGCGUUUUCAAGAAGGAAUGGGAAGACCGAUACGCAUGGGUAUCAGCUGUGCCCGAGGAUCCUACUCUUGCAUUUUGCAAAAUCUGUGGAAAAAAGAUAAGAGCUCACAAAGGUGACAUUGAAAAACAUCAAAAAACGAAAAGGCAUCUAAAGAAACAAACAACUUCAGACAUUUUAGCAGAUCUUAUUCCAAUAUCUUGUGGUGAUGGUGCUGAAGGUUAUGACGGACAAUAUUUAGAUGCUAGAAAUAAUGAAAAUCUAGAUGGCACAAAAAAUGACAUAGAAACCAAUGGUGAUGCAAGAGUUGUACCCCCGACUGCACAAGUAGCUGAUGGCCAACAACAGAUUAUAUAUUUCACAGAAUCAGCUGUUGAUUCAGCUCAUCAAGCAGCAAAUAAUGUAAUUGAUAAGUUGGUGGAAAAAUAUCAUCAAAGAAGAUUAGAUAAUUUAAAAAUAGAACAUGAAGCUAUUCUGCAGCUUUACAAAGACCAAUUAUUAUUGUCUCAACGAGAAACCCAAUCAAAAGUUGAUGCUGAUUCAGAAAAAGCCCAGUUUGAAAGGGAAGAACAUGAAGCUAGGUUGCGAUUCAUGCAGGAGGAACAUAAUGCAACAAUAAAAGCAAUUGAAGAAGAACAUACUGCUAAACUUAGGGCAAUCGAACAAGAACUAAUUUUUGCUCGCCAAGAGUAUGAGAAAAAAAUGAGAUUGCUAGAUGUACAACUUUCUUCUAUGAAAUAGUGUUCCCAUUUUUCAUUCAGUUGUAUGAGUUUUCAUAAAGAGGGGGAUCAUUUUUAAUGAUUUCGAUGGUCACCAAUAUUUGGUGGUGAAAAUUAACAGUCCUGUGUAAAUGACGCUAUUUCCCAUCACACGUGUGGAAAAAUAUCACUGGAGCUUAAAUUUAUUCUUCAUACUGUUAAAAAGUAUAUAAAGUUACUAAGUUUCUUUGGAAUUUUACAUUCUCAAAUUCUAGAAUUUUUAAGACUUUUUGUUCUUUCUCACCAUAAUAUGUUCUGUGUUUGUAUACAGUCUUCUAUUUUAGUUAUGUCUUCAUUUUUAGGUCCAUCUUCUCAUAUAUAGUCAAAAUUACUUGAAAUCCUUAAAAAUUUUAAACAAAUAGAGUAUUAGUAUUUUAUGGUUUAUGGAUAAAAUAUUAGCUACUAUUUUUAAUAGUAAUAAUUGAGUUUUGAAAUGAAUUUAUUCUGCUGUGAUAAAGCAGUUAACAUGUCAAAGGCUCCUUGUUUUGUAGUGCAAAUUUGAUUAAAAUCUUACAUAAUUGUAAAAUUCCCUUGCAAACUUUCUUUUUCAGACUAAAAAAUAUAAUAAACUUUAAAAUAUUAAAGGUUAUGCUUUAUUUAUCACAUGUUAUUUUUAAAUUUAGGCUGCUUGAAUUUGAAUAACAAAACUUUUUGAAUAACAAAGCUUCCCAUUAUGCCCUUCACAUUAUCCAAAAAUUUGUUUUCCCUUAGAACUAUCCACAAUUUUUAGCUCAAUAUGUGUGAAUUUUUUGAAAUUGCUAGCACUCUCAAAACGCUCUCAUACAUGGUAAGUCUUUAUAAAUUUGUUGAAUAAAAUUUUAAUUGCAAGUUAAAUUUCAUGAUAGCCAAUAAUUAUACCUGUUGCAAACUCGAGCUUUCGCCCGCUUUUAUCGGAAUCAAUCAGAACAUGAAGGCAAAUAUUUUCCCAAUGAUUACUUUAUUCCCUUUUCUCCUCUUUUUUCUGAUGCAUGAAAUAGGACUACUUUUGCUGUUAGGUAUCCCCAGUUUUUUUUGCAUUUCAUACAAUGUUUUUAGCAGAAUUGAUGUAUAUAUUUAUGAAAAGUAUAUUUACCAUAAAAAUUGUAUUGAAUUUGUAUUAUAUUUAAAACAAAGUCUGUUUCUUUUUAAGUAAAGUAAGCAUACUGCUAAUUUAUAAUUACUGUAAAGCUUAAAUUCACAUUAGUGAAUUGAAAGGGCAUAUUUUUUCCAACAAAUGCCCAGUUUGUUACUAACUGCACUUUUCUUUUGCAAAACCACUUUUUUUGUGCCAUUAAACUAUCUCAUAGUAUGAAGGAAAAGAAACUAUGACACAUUUAAGUUUAGUUUCAAAUUUACAAAAGAUGAAUGUGGCAUAUGUUGUGUUAUUUCCUUUAAAAUGCAAAAUUAUUGCAUAUUUUGAUGAAGAAAGAAUGUACAUUGAUUUGUAUUUUUAAAACUCAUUUUUUGUUUCAUUUCAGCACAUUAUUUUGUAUUCUAAAAAGUUCUCUAACUGUUUAUUAUUAUUUCUUUCAUUAGUGUCUGAGAUUUCAUCUUCACUCUCAUUGGUUUUCAUUGUGAAGAAAUUAAAAAAAAAUCUAGUUGCCAAUAGUGUGUAGUAAAUUGGCAUAAUUUUCUACAUUUGGCUUGACUGAUGCAGCUAAAAUUACUAUAGGAUAAUUCUCUCAUUACAUGGACUGUAAUUUCGAGAAAAUCUAGUACCAUAUAUUAGAGAUCAUGGUGAAAAUUUUAGCUGAAUCAAUCAAGCCAAAAGUUGUUUGUUUCUUGUUAAAGUGUAAUUUAAUGGAUGAAACAAUUGCAUUAUCAUGAUUUCUAAAGGUACUAGAACUCGUUUAAUGAGAGAAUUAUUCUACAUUUGUUUCAUCUGUUAAAAGUUCAUGGGAGGAAGAAUUCUCCUAUCAGUAAAAUAUUUAGUCAGAAAAGAAAAGUUAUGACUUUUUCAUUAUUCAGCAUUAUUAUAAUGCUGGUUUUUGUAUUAGCAUUUAAAAUGACUAGAUUUCAUUAACCUUUUAUAUUGAACGUCAAUUAUUUUUUUAAAACUGCAGCAAAAUAGUUGAUGUAUUUGCAUGUUUGUACAGUAACCUCUCGCUAUAUGGCUGAUUUGGAUAUAUAGUGCUUUUCCUUUGUUUAGUAUAAAAUUAAAGGUAAAAAAUCUUGGCUUUAAACUUGAAGCCAGAACUGUAAAAAUAUAAUUUUUCAUAUUUAGUCAAUAAAUAAAGAUCAUAGUUUCUUUCAAGUUUAAUUCACUGUGAUUGAACCAAGCACUGCAACAGGACUCAGUAACAGGAGUUCCUACCUUUUUCUGAUCUGGUCUCUAAAAGUCCAUCUUUUUCAUCUGUGCUGGAGAAAUCACAUGAUUUUCAAGAAAUUUCUAUUUUUUCAGGUCCUUUAAAAGUUCCUUAUGUUUCAGUUUUGGUCCCUGAAGUUCUCUUUUUCUUAAAUAAUUAAUGCUAAAAGCCCUGAACUGUAUUGCAGCUUUUGAUCUUUUUUAUAUUAGAAGAAUGUAGUUUUUAGAGUGCAUUGCUACGUUAAAAAAGCAAUUGAAAUACUAUCUUUCAAUUGUUUUUAUUAGGGCAGUCACUCUAAUACAAAAAAAAAAAAAAAAAAAAACUACAUUUAUUUAAGUGCACAUUGUACAUUAUUACUUGUACCUAACAUGACUCCAUUUUAAUGGUGGUGGUUGUUAUCGUGUUAUGGAUAUAUCCCUCUUUUUUGUUACCACCCAACAAGGACGAUAUAGGAGAGGCUACUGUAUUAUUUUAAUUUGAAAGCUUCUUAAAGCUCCAUAUGCUAUGGAGUUUUUCCUGUUCUUUUGAUCAAUUUUUUCUUCAGUCAAGUCUAGUUGUUGAUUAUUUAGUUUCCUUUCAUGUUCUGUUUAAAAGUUUCAUUGUACAUAACAUAUGACUAUGAACUAUAAGUAUUGUCAUAACCUUAUAGUUACUAAAUUGUUAUUUGUUGCAUUAUUCCCAAGCUAUUAAGAAGCUUCCAUUUGCAUUACAUUUAACUCAAAUUAAUAUUAUUGUAGGAAUGUAAUUUGCACGAAAAGAAUUUCUGUUAUGUAAUGCUCUGGUUUGGUGAAUAAAAGCAAUUAUUUUCAUGCAAAAC